CGUUUUGUAUGAUUGCUGCUGUGUCGUCGGGAACACUUUAACGAAAUAUUUUAAUUUUUCAUUUAUUUUUAUUAAAUGUUAUAUAGUAAAAUAUGCUUACACGUGAAAACGUACUGUGAAAGCAUUAUGGAGCAGAAAUUGCCCAAAGUGGACUCGUGUCAGUAUUAUCGCCAAACGAUUAUCAAGUGACGUAGUGAAUAGCUGGAUCUCGCGGAAAUCAAGAACUUCAAAUAUCUCAAUAGUACAGCAACUUAUUGAGAAUUUCAAACUUUUCUACCUAAUCCAUAGGUAUGUAAUGCAACCAAAAGCGAUUAUUUGCAUAGCAAUCGGCUGGAAUUUGCUUGGCUAUCGAAUAACUUGUACUCACUCAAACUGACAAUCGAGCUCUCGGUUUUCCGUGAGCACAAUUCGAUGUAAAUGCGAUGACGGUGUUUUCAUGUUAUCUCCGCAAAGUACACUACAGUACCUAAGAAACUGGUAGAAAAUAGUGGGGGUAGAAAAGGCAUUGGCAGGGUUUUGGGCAGGAUCCUGAUUUUAGUUCGUGUUGGCUGUCACGGAAACAGCGCAUUCAAAAGGGACGACGACGAGUAGGACGUCAGUAUGGAGGAGCCCCGUCGGGUAAUGAUCUGCCGGAAGGUAGUCGGCACUGACGGGGUUGCUCGAGUAGUGCUAGAGCCCGCCGAAAACGUUCCAAGUCCCAUACAAACUCAACAAACUGUCACCGAUGAAGACGACAAUGGACUUGAGGAUGACACCCUUCGGGAUAUGCCAUCGCACGAAGCUGGCGGAAAGGCGCAGAAGCCUUUCAUUCAGUGCGAGAUCUGCGGCAAGAAAUUCUACGUCACCGACACGACAUACAAGCGAACGCCGAAAGAACGCCUGACCCUCCAUAUCGUUACAGAGCAUGAUAAAGAGCGCCUGUACCAAUGCGACUCUCCAGGAUGUUUCAAAGCAUACAAUAAUGUCAAACAACUGAAUCAGCACAGACUGGUCCAUACCAAUAAGAAAAAUCAUAAAUGUCCAGACUGUCCCAAGCGAUUUCAUAGAAAAACUCAUUUAUUGGCGCACAUGAGGCGGCACAACGCCAAUCCAAAUUUUAAGCCAAGGGCCAGUCGACGCCAAUGUAACCCUUACAUUCAAGUCCAGAGAAAGAAGAAUGGACAGCCUGUAUCGGAACCGACAACAGGAACACCCCCAGCAACGACAGCCACGACGACAUACCAGAUCAUAGAGGCUGCCAGCAAUAGCAUAGCGCCAGUAGGUACUACAAUGGUUGUUGUCACAGAAGAAGAACUCGAACAAAUGCGUCGCCUUGGUGGAGAAGUUGUUGAUCGCGAAACGGUGAUGGCCUACAACGAAGUUGAUGGCUCUGACCAGAUCGAAGAAGACGAAGACGAAGAAGCCGUACUCGACGAGAUCGAUAAUGAAAUAGGUGACAAAUCUGAGCAGAAAGCAGGUGAUUAGCACGCCUCAGCUUUCUUAUGAAAUAUUUCAUUCAGCAUGUGGCGAUCAUGCUACUGAUAAAGGCGAACGAUAUCGGUCGGGUAGGGGUUUUCUAAAAAAUCUUGAUCUAGUUAAGCUUGAAUUUCAUUGGUAUCUGUACUGGGCCAUUAGCAUCGGCGUGUGCAUGAGAGGUGUUAUUUACUUUAUGUAUGCGGUAAAUUUGGCAAUCCGAAAAUUCAGAUGCUGAUUGGGAACACUGUGAGCACAACUGAAGAUGAGAAAUUAAGUCUGAGUAGAAUAAGGGACAUUAUGUUCAUUCAAAAGGUGCUUCUUAUGAAGAAAAGGCUGAUGCGCGGAUCUGAAAAUGAACGAAAAAGGGAGUUAAACAUAGAUCGAUUGGAGAACAGUGGGUAUCAUAUAAGACAAAUCAUUAACUUGUGCAGUUGCAGGUGGAGUUGCAGUAGGCGAAACCGCAUAGUGAUAGGGUACUAAAGUAAGAAUUUAAGCAGAAGUGAAGUAAUAAUAGUUACUGCAUGAUUUAAAAAUCAAUCGAUAUUAAAAAUGUGAAUAGUGAAACAAACAGCGAUUCCUUGCCUGAAGUGUAAAGAUUGACUACUCAGUCUAUAAAAUUUAUGAACAGACAACUAAAUGAUCAAUUUACUGAACAUUUGUACACAAGAACUAACUCGUGAGGGUAACAACCAUGUGAAUGGGGUAACGCUAAAAGAAUGUUUCAGCAAUUACAUUCUUCAAUUCAGUGUAUACCAGCAGGUCGCGUCGGUACUGUAUUCUACUACGUUUCUGAGCAUUUCAGCGACGUGUAGCACGACUGAAAUUAUAAAAUAUUGUUCUUUUUUUUUAUUGCGUGCACGCAAGAAGCUGCAUCAAAAAGUCUGUUUUUGAGUCAAAAAAAACGAAUUAGAAAAUAAGGAAGUUUUUUUCUGCAAAGCGUUUGUUGCAUCACAAAAUACAGUUAUGAAGUAGUUUUGUGUUGCUGAAAAAUUGGUUAACUUUUGAAAUCUGAAGUACAUUAAAAUUUCGGAAAAGGUAAUUUUGUUUUAGACGAUUUUUUUCUGUGUUUUUCUGACUUUUGGCCACAUCAUCUGUUGUAUACCGAUCGUGUUGAAUUAGAUUUCUUGCCUCUGAGGCAUUUGACUGCGUUUGUUAUUUUAUGAACAUCUUAAGAUGACUCUACUUUGGUGCGAAUGCGUAGGGAAUAAGCUAAGAGAACACGAAAGCUGCACAUGUUAUAAUGUACAUAAUCAGAAAUGUGUAUAUUAAUGAGCAUACGUAAUAAUUUACUAAUUGAAUCAAACAAUGGUAAAUGAUUGAAAACGGAACUGUAUUACUAUGGUAUGAUAUCAUUUUUUUAUUAUCAAGUAUUUUAGAUAGUAACGAAAUGGUCUAUCGAAGUUAAGAGGCCGUGAUUUUCGGAAGCAACAUGGAUCUGUUGUAGAAUAAUCCCGAAGAUCCUGUAAUAAUAUUAAUAAAUAUAUAUGUUCUGUUUUUCUGUAAAGCUUUUAUAGUAUUUUUAGAUAUUAAUGAUGUUUUCCCAGGUUUUCAUUUUUUUAUUUAUUUAGGAGGCUCGGAUUCUAGUGUCCUAGCUAAAUCAACAAAUUU